AAUGUCCAAAUUAAUUAAUAAAUAAAACAGUAAAAUGAUUUUUUGGUAUUAAUUGUUUUAUCAAAACUAGCUGUGGGAACAUUUAAUUAUUUAAAAUAAUAAUUGUUAUCUAUAAACCGUGACGCCGCCGUGCUCGCUUUUCCUGGUCAUUUUAGAUCUCUUUGGCUUGCCGUACAAUCGUCCCCUGACGGCACCGGCGAGUCCGUUACGGAGCGGCUGUCUCCUGUGCGGGACAGCUGCUGCUCUUGUGAGAAGGGUGUACCUGCAGGCCCGGAGACCCAACAACGUUCUCAGGACCACGCUCUCAGGACCGCAUUCUCAGGACCCAGGCAUUUCUAACACAGCGCCUCCUACAGGGUGGAGUUUGUUUUAUUUUCUGGAGAUUUUACAAGACACAUUGCACACAUGAGUAGUAAGAGUACAAAAAUGAUCUAAGCGGUGCUACAGGAUAAACAACUAGAUAAUUUAUCAUAUGAAUCUUAAAAUAUAAAAAGUAAAUUACCAAUAAAUUUCUGUUUUUUGGAGAAACAUAAACAGUUUUGAUAAAAAUCAAAAAUAAAUGGCAGCUGUUAAAAAACAUUUCCAAGAGCAAAAUAUUUAUUUUAGUGAAGUAGAUAAAUUUGACAGAGGAUUGGUAUAGAAUUGACAAAAGCACAGAUACUCCCCAAGUAGAAAGUAUUUUUUUAAUCUCAUGUUCAAUUAGAAAUAUUGUUCUAAUAUAUUUUUCCUUUCCUAUAUUCAGCUGUGAUUUCUUGUACAGACUUGUUAGGUGGCUACAAGUAUUGUAUUGUCUUUUAAAGCCUGAUGUAACGCAUAAUAAAUGUAAGUUAUUCUGUUAAUGUCACUCAUAAUAACAGUUAUUCUUCUCACCUCAGCAGAUCCUGUUUAAUGUUCCAGAUGUUUGUGUUUGGUUUUUAUUUGAUUUUCUGGGACUUUUUAAUUUAUUAUAUUUCAUUUUAAUAUAAUUUUGAAAUACAUGCGUUUCUUAUUGAGAAUGUGCUAAAUUAGUGCAACAGAAUAAGACAAAAUCUAACUAACUAACAACUAACCUCACCCCACAAUCCGGCCCUCCAGGCCUUAACUUUGACACAUGUGGUCUACACUGUAUAAUUUUGCACAUUGACAUGUUGAGCUUUCCAGGUUGCAGAGAAAGGAAGACGUUUGUGACAUUGUAAGUUAUCGACAGUUACACCAGAAUGCAUUUCAUCAGAAGCGCCCCUCAGCUUCACCUGCCCCAUGCACCACCCCAUCCCUCAGCUCAGCUUCACCUGCCCCAUGCACCACCCCAUCCCUCAGCUCAGCUUCACCUGCCCCAUGCACCAUCCCAUCCCUCAGCUCAGCUUCACCUGCUCAGCUUCACCUGCCCCAUGCACCACCCCAUCCCUCAGCUCAGCUUCACCUGGUCCCCUCAUAUACCCCGGCUCCAGCGUGGGCGGAAGCGUUCCUGCUCUUAACCUGGUGGUGACACAGACGCAGGAUUUGAAGCGUCCCUCUGAUGUAUGAGCUGCAGUGGAUGAAGAGGAGCCUCUGAGCAGAGGAGAAAACGCCACGUGUUGCUGCUGAUCCCUCGCGCGCACACGUUUGGAUGAGGAGCCUCUGAAGCUCCGCGCAAACAUUCCCUCAUUUUUGGUUGCAGUAAUUAGCAGGAUCGGAGUCCGAGUUUCAGAGAGCCGGCGUGUUUCUUUCUUUCAUCACAUUCCUUUAUUCUGUCCCUUGUUUUCUGUUUGAAUUAAUUGGAGUCGUGGCUGCAUGUUUGGCUCUCAGCAGUCUAAGGUUUCACACGUCAGUUAAACGGCAGUUCAAAUGAAAGACUGGGAUUUUUCAUGUUUUCAAAAUAAAAGCUGGACUCAGCAUCAUGUUGGCUUAAUGGGUUGUUGUUGUUGUUUUCUAUUUAGAAAUAUCAUUUGGCUUCAAUUGAAUGACUAAUCCAUUAUUUAUUUAGAAUGUAAUGCGGUAUUUUGUAAUUGCAGUAUUUUAGGGAUUUUAGGCAAAAGGCGACCUGAUAGCUGCUGGUGACAUGCUGCUGCCGUUUGAAGGCAUCAUGAGCCGUCUGCUUUACCCCGACGAGAAGCUUUGCUUGGAAACUUUGACCGGAUAUCUUAGUCGUGUGUGAGGGUUGACGCGGGGGGACAAAAUCCACCGCGCUCAGCUGCGCCCGCAGAGCCCGCACGCGCGUCAGGCGGCGGAAAGUCCAAAGGUGGAGAGCACCCGCAGGAUUUACAGUCAGUGCAGGAAAGGAAGCAGAUUUCGGACUGAACUCUUGAGUCGUGCGUGCUUACGGCUGCUUUUAAGGAAAAUGAGAGAUUUGGGGGAAGUGUCUUCCUCCAUCCAGCCUCAGGUCUUCAUUCCUCACCUGCUUGGAGUGGAGCGGAACGCGCGGAUGCUGUGCUGGAUCUGAGCGCAGCUUUCACAGCCUACUAUGAAGGAAAGCUACAAUGAUUCGGGUCGCAGAUUAAGUAUGGGCGCGCACAUCCUGGAGUCCAACUUCAGCGGGAACUUGACGCCUGCAGUGACGGAGGCUGGGACCGUGUUCCCCGGCUACCUGGUGGUGAUCCUGUCGGUGCUCAUGGUGACCCUGGUCAUUGUUGUGGUUGCUGGGAACGCGCUGGUCAUCAUGGCUUUUGUUGUGGAUAAAACGCUAAGAAUUCAAAGCAACUACUUCUUUCUGAAUCUCGCCAUUUCAGAUUUUCUCGUGGGUGCCUUCUGCAUCCCGGUGUACAUCCCUUACAACCUGACCGGCAGGUGGAUGCUGGGGAAGGGUCUCUGCAAAGUGUGGCUGGUCAUGGAUUACCUGCUGUGCACCGCCUCGGUCUUCAACAUCGUCCUCAUCAGUUAUGACCGCUUCCUCUCUGUCACGAGAGCAGUCAAAUACCGAGCUCAGAGGAACAUGACCCGCCAAGCCGUGCUGAAGAUGGUGGCUGUGUGGGUGCUGGCCUUCUUCCUCUAUGGUCCUGCCAUCAUCUUCUGGGAGGCAAUAGUGGGUCAGAGCAUCGUACCAGCCCACGAAUGCUACGCGGAAUUCUACUUCACCUGGUACUUCCUGCUCAGCGCUUCUACGUUUGAGUUCUUCACUCCGUUUGUGUCCGUGGCUUUCUUUAACCUCAGCAUCUACCUGAAUAUCCACCAGAGGAAUAAGAACUGGAACGCCUGUGCUGAAGACGAGCCCGAGCCUCCAAGGAAACCUAAAAGACGCAAAGAUGGAGGAGGCUGGUCAGUGUUUUUUGUUAAGACUCGUAAAGUGACGUCCAGCGAGCCUGCAGCCAUCUCUGCGGUCAUAGAGGACGAGGACGUCCUGUCCCCCUCUUCCAGUGGCUGUCCUGACACCAGUCAGAUCUUUGUGCAGAGGGAGAAGUUCUCCCCUCACAGGAAAAACUCCCGGCUGUUCCAGCAGACGGCCUCCUGCAUGCCACCCGGCCGUAGAACUCCAGGGUCUCGUCUUUCUAGAGAUAAAAAGAUUGCCAAAUCUUUGGCCAUCAUCGUCUGCAUCUUUGGGAUCUGCUGGGCUCCAUACACACUGCUGAUGAUCAUCCGUGCCGCCUGUAGCGGCGAAUGUGUGGCAAACUACUGGUAUGAGAUGACCUUCUGGCUUCUGUGGCUGAACUCAGCCAUCAACCCGUUCCUGUACCCUCUGUGCCACACUAGCUUCAGACGGGCUUUCUCCAAGAUCCUCUGCCCGAAGAGACAGUCUGUCCAGCCUCAGAUUGAGGCCCAGUCCUGUUAGCAAAGCACAGCUGGGAUUUCCAUGGUCACGCAGUGUACAAACCCAUACAAUGUUCUUCCAUGAUGGUUUGGUAUAUAUGAGAAAUGCUGAAAUGAAAUAUUGUAUUUAACAGCAAUACAACAAUGCAACUGUCUUAAAAACACUCUUCAAUCUUCUUAAUGAUAGAGUAGAGCAGAGCAGCCGCACUUCAUCAGUGCGAGCAGAUAUAAUUGCCUCUGAUUAAAGUGCUCCCUAGAGCCAGUGUCAGAUUUUCCAAGUCGUGUACAUUUCCAAAUGCAUGUUAAUCGUAAGUAGGACAGGAGGGAGUGAUGUGGUUUAUUAAGGGUUUACACACCUUUGAGAACUUAAUGUGCUGAAGCAGUGAGGUGAUCUCUUAUGUAGCCAGUUAGAGCGUGAUUACCAUAAUUUCCCCUAAGUUAUUGUGUUAGGCACACUGUACAGCACAAGAAGUUGCUAAAUUAUCUCCAUGAAUAGAAGCGCAGAGAAACAGAAUCUCAACUAACAUUCAGGUUUUGAAGAAGAGGCAGGAAAACCUUUUUAGCUCCCAUUAGCAUUAUUCUGGAUGAAAUAAGGACGUGUCAGUCUUUAAACAUUUUCUGUUUCCCCCCAUGUAGUGCUGACUUUACCUUUUCAAACACAUUGCUUUUAAUAAAAUAAAAAACAGCCUUUUGCAUACAUCUUCAGAAAAAAACAGUUCACACUGUUCAUCAACAGAAUUAUUUAUGUGAAGCUUUUAAAAAGGAGAUCUGGAUAUUUUUUAUUCACAGUGACUUUUUUGUGCUUUUCUGUUUACUUUUAAUGAAUUCACACAUCAAGUUACUGAGGCUCCAGCACGACUAGAGGAGAAUAAAUAAAAUGAAUGGAAAGA